AAUUGAACUAUAUGACGAACAAAUGAAGAGAAAAUGUGAUUCCAAUUCAAAUCUUUGCUUGUAACACAGAAGGCCAAAUUCAUCAUAUCAUCACUUACCAGCCAGACCCGACCUGCAUUUCAUCUCUUUUACACUCCACUUCCGAAGCUUACCUUCUUCUCAACCACUGGUUUCUGCCAUUUUCGUCAUAGAGUGUCAAUGCAGAGUUCAACUAACUCCCCGGUGGCCCAACCGGAGGCAAUUUUAGAGUGGCUUCAGAAAGAGAUGGGUUAUCGGCCUUUAGGUCCAUACACUGCAUCCACAAAAUCAACAGUGAUGCCAACGGCAGAUUCUCUCAGGAAGAUUUGUCGUGGGAAUAUGAUCCCCGUGUGGAAUUUUCUGUUGAGGAGGGUGAAGUCCGAGAAGACGGUUGACAAAAUUCGCCGGAAUAUUCUUGUUCACGGUGGAGACGGAGCUGUAAUUAGUAGCAGUAGUGGUGCUGGUGUUGAUUCCGGGAAGGUGGUGGAGAAGAGUAGAGGGAGGAGGAAAGAGAAGGCUGGGAUAGGGAAGGAGUUUUCGAGUAUGGGAUUAGUUUCUGCUGAAAAUAGUAAAGAGGUCGCUUUGCUGGAGAGAGAUUUGGCUGAAAAGGAGGUAGAGAGGCUGAGGCAAACGGUGAGGCAGCAGAGGAAGGAGUUGAAAGCCAGGAUGAUUGAGGUUUCAAGAGAGGAGACUGAGCGCAAACGGGCGCUUGAUGAAAGAUCCAAUUACAGGCACAAACAAGUGAUGCUCGAAGCUUAUGAUCAACAAUGCAAUGAAGCUGCAAAGAUUUUUGCAGAGUAUCACAAUCGUCUAGGAUACUAUGUUAAUCAAGCAAGGGAUGCUCAAAGGUCCCAUGUUGAUUCGUCUGAUGAGAUGGUCUCUACUUUUCAGCUUAACAAUGAAAAAGAGCCUGCUUAUUCAACGGUUAAAGGAGCAAAAGCAGCAGACGAUGUAAUUAUCAUAGAAACAACAUGGGAAAGAAAUAUCAGGAAAGCUUGUGAAUCUCUUGCACUGCAGAUGGCGGAGAAGAUCCGUAUAGCUUUUCCAGCUUAUGAAGGAAAUGGAAUACACUCGAGUCCUCAUCUAGAGGUUGCUAGAUUGGGUAUUGAUGGGGAUGUACCUGAUGAAAUUAAGGAUGCUAUUAUAUGCUGCUUAAGAAAUCCUCCUCAAUUGCUUCAUGCGAUAACUGCAUACUCUCAUAGACUUAAAGAUCUUAUUAGUAGAGAAAUUGAAAAAAUUGAUCCCAGAUCUGAUGCAGAAAUGCUAAGGUACAAGUAUGAAAAUAACAGAGUAAUGGAUGCUUCAAGUCCUGAUAUAAGCUCGCCAUUACAAUACCAGCUUUAUGGUAAUGGAAAAAUAGGAGGUGAUGCCUCUUUUAGGGGUACAAAAAAUCAACUACUUGAGAGACAGAAAGCACAUGUUCAGCAAUUUGUGGCAACUGAAGAUGCUUUAAACAGAGCUGCAGAAGCUAGAAAGAUAAGUCGGAAGCUUUUGCAACGGCUGCAAGGAACAAGAGACCCAAUCUCUUCACACACACUUGUAAUUGGGGGCACAUCGCAGACUAUGGGUAGUCUGAGGCAACUAGAGCUUGAGGUUUGGUCAAAGGAAAGAGAAGCUGCUGGAUUGCAAGCCAGUGUAAAUACGUUGAUGUCUGAAAUUCAGCGAUUAAAUAAAUUAUGUGCAGAGAGAAAGGAAGCUGAAGAUUCUUUGAGAAAGAAAUGGAAAAAGAUUGAAGAGUUCGAUGCAAGGAGAUCUGAACUUGAGUCAAUUUACAAUGCGUUGCUCAAAGCUAGUAUGGAUGCUGCAUCGUAUUGGAGCCAGCAGCCAGUGGUAACAAAAGAUUACGCAGCACGCACUGUUAUUCCUGCUUGCAAUAUUGUUGCGGACUUGUCGAGCAAGGCAAAGGAUCUUAUUGACAAAGAAGUGUCUACUUUCUCUCAAACUCCUGAUAAUACCCUUUACAUGCUUCCGUCAACACCCCAGGCACUCUUGGAGUGUUUUGGAAACAAUGGAGCAACAGGUCCAGAAGCUGUGGUUUCCGCUGAAAAGUCUGCUUCUCUUUUAACAGCCAAAGCUGGUUCGAAGGAUCCUUCUGCAAUUCCAUCUAUAUGCCGCAUAUCUGCUGCACUCCAGUCGACUGCAGGUUCAGAUGUGGCUCUAUCAUCAGUGUUGGAAUCCAUGGAAUUUUGCAUAAAACUUCGGGGUUCUGAGGCUUGCAUACUGGAAGAUUUGGAGAAGGCAAUUACUCUGGUCCAUUCAAGACGAGAUCUCUUUGAGAGUGCCCGUGCACUGUUAGAUCAUGCUUACCGUGCACAACAUGAAUAUGAGAGGACAACAAAUUACUCUCUAAAUCUAGCUGCUGAACAAGACAAAACCAUCUCUGAAAAAUGGUUAGCCGAACUUAGGAAUGCAGUGAUUAAUUCCCAGAAGUUUCUGGAAGACUGCAAAUAUGUCUGGGGAUUGUUAGAUGAAUGGUGGGAACAGCCAGCAUCAGCUGUUGUUGACUGGGUAACUGUUGAUGGACAAAAUGUUGGUGCCUGGAUUAAUCAUGUGAAACAACUUCUUGCCUUUUAUGACAAGGAACUUCUCUAAAGCAUGAUCUAGCAGAGCAGUGUGACUCUUAGCUCAUCUUUCCCACUUACUUCUCAUCCUUUCUUUGAUUGCCCACUAACUUGCCAGAGGGCAGAGGCUAUGCGGACCUGUAAAUUCAACAGUAGCACUGUGAGGCCUGUGAGCCAUGUCUCUCCAUCCUUCAACACGAGCGCCUCCAACAAAUUUCUUUAUGUACCUCUCCCCUUUGUAUAGAUGUUCCUCAAUUCUGGGAAUGCUUGCUUUCCUUCUGUGUACUAACUACUAGCCUACUAGGUCAGCAUCUAGUGUAGUGAAAACAUUGAAGUGGCUUGCCUUUGUAUUUGUUGCUAAUUAUUUAUUUUUUGCACCUGGUUUCGUAGUCUACCGUUUUUGCGCUUGCAUUUAUCUGUCUCGUUAAGUGGAA